UACCAGCGGCUUCUCUUCCACUGGAACGCGCGCAGCACAGAGCCUUCCUUUCUCAUAACUCAGAUAUUUUACGCACGGCUUCAUUGAUCUCUCUCCAAUCGCUCUUUGAAAAUGUCGACUCAGAUGAGUAAGAAGAGAAAGUUCGUAGCCGAUGGAGUAUUUUUUGCCGAGUUAAACGAGGUUCUGACCAGAGAGUUGGCUGAGGAUGGAUACUCCGGAGUUGAGGUUAGAGUAACUCCUAUGCGCACCGAGAUCAUCAUCCGAGCCACCCGCACCCAAAACGUUCUCGGAGAAAAGGGCAGGAGAAUUAGGGAACUGACCUCGGUUGUGCAGAAGCGGUUCAAGUUUCCGGAGAACAGUGUUGAGCUUUAUGCCGAGAAAGUUAACAACAGAGGGCUUUGCGCCAUUGCCCAAGCCGAAUCUCUUCGCUAUAAGCUACUUGGUGGCCUUGCUGUUCGGAGGGCAUGCUAUGGUGUUCUGAGAUUUGUCAUGGAAAGUGGAGCAAAGGGUUGUGAGGUGAUUGUUAGCGGAAAGCUCAGGGCACAGCGUGCCAAGUCUAUGAAGUUCAAGGAUGGAUACAUGAUAUCUUCAGGUCAACCAGUCAGAGAUUAUAUUGACUCUGCUGUUAGACAUGUUCUUCUCAGACAGGGUGUUCUGGGUAUCAAAGUUAAGAUAAUGCUCGACUGGGAUCCUAAGGGCAAGCAAGGCCCUACCACUCCUCUCCCUGAUGUUGUUACCAUCCACUCUCCCAAGGAGGAAGAAGAAAUCGUCCAUAGACCAGCAAUUUUGUCCACUGAUAUUGAGAUUCCAGUAGUAGUUGCUUGAAGGCCUUCUGUUUUAGAUAUUAAUGUUUGGAAUCAACCGUAAUCUUCAAUUUUGUAUUUUCUCUUUCUCAAGAUUCCAUUGAUGUCCCAUUGUUCUUCCUCCCAAUGCUGGUUUUAGCUUCUGACUGCUGAGCCUUCUUUUUGAUAAUUAAACAAAAUGCUUAUGAGGAACAUUUUUUAUGAUGCCGGAGCCCUUUACAAUCA